AUGAGCCACGGUGCCAGUUCUCAGCUGGCUGAGUCUCCUCAGCUCUCCAAGAGGAGCUUGCUCAGCAUCCUCGGGAGCCCGCAGCCUGAAAGGAUGAGCUUGUCAGACUCCAUGUCCCCAACCCCGAAGAGCGGCACUCCUUCCCCCGGCCCGCCGCAGCUCCCCCUGUUGAACUCCACCUGCCACGACAGCGACUGGGAGAGCCGGGAAGAGUUGCGCCUGCGAGAGCUCGAAGAAGCCCGUGCCCGGGCCGCCCAGAUGGAGAAGACCAUGCGCUGGUGGUCUGACUGCACCGCCAACUGGCGGGAGAAGUGGAGCAAGGUCCGUGCGGAGCGCAACAAGGCGCGGGAGGAGGUGCGGCAGCUGCGCCAGAAGCUGGAGACCUUGAGCAAGGAACUGACCGGCCUGAAGCGAGAGAAGCAGGAGGCCCUCAACGAGAACCAGCAGCUGGGCAAGGAAGUGGCCCGUCUGAAGGGGGAAGACAAGGAAGGAGAGAAGGAGAAAGAGAUGGACAACCGCAUUGCCUCUGAGAAGGAGAGCGAGGCCUCCCCGGAACAGGAGCCGGUGCGAGACGUGGGCUCCGAGAAGGAGGUGAAAAACAAGGAUUUUGAGCUGAUGGAGAACCUUCUGAAGAACAAGCAGGAAGAAGGUGAAUGCUGGGACCAACGGAGCUCAGUUAGCGUCCGUUCAUCCUUCACCCGUCAGGAGAGGAAUCGGCUGCUUUGGGAAGACGUUUCGGUUAUUGAGGAGGAUGCCACUAAGAUCACCGCCCUGAAGCUACGCCUGGACGAAUCUCAGAAAGUGCUCCUCAAAGAAAGGGAGGACAAGCUGUCCCUCAGCAAGAACAUUGAGAAGCUGGAAGGUGAACUGAGCCAGUGGAAGAUCAAGUAUGAGGAGCUGAACAAGAAUAAGCAGGAGGUGCUGAAGCAGCUGAACAUCCUCAAGGAGAUCCACCAGGACGAACUGGGACGUAUCUCUGAGGAUCUAGAAGACGAACUGGGGGCUCGCUCAAGUAUGGACAAGAAACUGGUGGAGUUACGAUCGGAGAUGGAGCGUCUGCAGGCUGAGAACGCAGCCGAGUGGGGCAAGCGAGAGCGGCUGGAAACGGAGAAGCUGAAUCUGGAACGGGAGAAUAAGAAGCUGCGGGCCCAGAUUGAGGAUCUCGAGGAGAUCCUGGCUCGGAAACGGAGGCAAACCACCUGCACUCUCGACACGGAUUUUAAAACCAUCCAAACGGAGCUGUUUGAGAAGAAUAAGGAGCUGGCCGACCUGAAGCACGUCCAUGCCAAACUGAAGAAGCAGCACCAGGAGAAGAUGGCCGAACUGGGCCACACGAUCCGGCGAGUGGAGCAGCAUGAGGGAGAAGUGAAGAAGUUGCGCUUGCGAGUGGAGGAACUCAAGAAGGAACUGGCCCAAGCGGAGGACGAGCUGGAUGACGCUCAUAACCAGGUCCGCAAACUGCAAAGAUCGCUGGAUGAGCAGACGGAACAGAACGAAAAUCUCCAAGUCCAGCUGGAACACCUGCAAUCCAGACUUCGCCGGCAGCAGAACCUCCCUCUGUUUGGGAAGAUCCGUGGCUCACGCUUUGGUCCGGGUGAGCCUGGAGAUUGUACCAGCGACCUGGAUGAAGAUGAAGACUUGAAAAUCCAGGUUCCGUAG